AAAUCAAGAGUUCUUCAAACAAAAACAAAGCAUAAAACACCUUAAUUCCAUGGAUUCAAUCCAAGACAUGGAUGGAGGCUCCAACUCUCAUCACCAUGAGAUGAACAUGGCAUCAAGCAAUAACCUAAUUAUCAACACAAGCUCAAUGAACCCUGCUACUACUCUAGCCUCAGCAGCAGGAGCAGCUGGAACCUCUUCUUCUUCUUCUUCUUCAUCUCCUGCUUCCAGCAGCCGCUACGAGAACCAAAAGCGGCGCGACUGGAACACCUUCGGCCAAUACCUCAAGAACCACCGCCCCCCGCUCUCUCUCUCCCGGUGCAGCGGGGCCCACGUCCUCGAAUUCCUCCGCUACCUCGACCAGUUCGGCAAGACCAAGGUCCACACCCCCAUCUGCCCUUUCUACGGCCACCCGAACCCUCCGGCUCCCUGCCCCUGCCCACUCCGCCAGGCAUGGGGCAGCCUGGACGCCCUCAUCGGGCGCCUUCGAGCCGCCUUUGAAGAAAACGGAGGCAAGCCCGAAGCCAACCCGUUUGGGGCUCGAGCCGUUCGACUUUACCUUCGCGAGGUUCGUGAUUUGCAGUCGAAAGCAAGAGGCAUCAGCUACGAGAAGAAGAAGCGGAAGAGGCCACCGUUGCCGCAGCAGCUGCCGCCUCCACCACUGCCGCCGACAGGUCAUCACCAUCCAGGUCAAUAGGAAGUCAAAGCAAGCUACUGUUACGACCAAUGAAGAUAUGAGGGUCAACCGACAAGAACUUCUAGAUGGACCUAGCUUUUUCAAUGGUAGUGAAGGCAGUAUCCUAAAGAAUCUCUCUCAGUGACUGGAGAUUACUGAUUUUCUAGUCAAAAUAACCAAAUAUGCCACUCCGUCGUGGAUGAAAUAAUUGUCCUACAUUAGUGAAGCAGACUGCGUGUCCACCAACCAAUAAGUUGGGGGACUAUCACUAUCAGAACUUGCUGUGUGCUGCUUCAAAAUAAAUGAUGGGCCAAAAGUGUAGAACACCACAAAUAAUAUUAGUCACAAGUAGUUUUGAGCGGAAUGUGUUCAAGUGAUUAAGUGCAGUUAUCUAUG